AUGUACAAUAGAACGUAUGGUAUCUUAAGUGUUGGCCUGAGUGAUGCAACAAGUGCUGGUUGGGUAACAGUUUCAAUGUAUUGGCAAAAUCCAACGAAACAGUAUAUGGCCAAAUAUUCGUUGAAUUUAUAUGCCGAUUUAUGUAAAGAUAAUUUUCCAAUGCCUCUCAUUUUAAUGGAAUGUCUAGGAUACAACCACUGUGGACGAAUGUAUUUAAUGAAUUCAGCAGAAGAUGAAAUAAGCUUGCGACAAAUUUUUUCACGUUCAGCUAUUUACGAGGAAGAAGCAUAG